AUGAGAUCAGUUUGCAAUGAAAACAUUUGCCAUCGUCAUUUGAUGCAGAUGCAUCAAGCUAAUGAUAAUGAUUUUUCAAGACCAAGAUGGGAGAACAUGGCUGAAUCCCCACUAAUUGAGCAACUAACAUCGAAGUACAAGUUAAAGCUAAAAUAUGGAGGCUUCUUUCGAUUGAUCAAGAACUCAUCUAGGAGGAAAUAUUGUUUCGGCUCUCUAAAAAGUAUCUACAUAGACACAAGCUUAUACAACUUGAAUGAAUUAACUGAAGAAGCCACGAAACAUUACCCAUUUAACAGCGAUCUAGUUUUUACAAUUCAGUUCAUUGACAAAAAUGCAAAUGAGCAAUCUUUUAUUGACAUUAAUUCUGAUGAGAGCUUCAUGGGGAUGCUUGCAAUGUACGAGAAUGAGAAAGAAGUAACCAUUUACGUGACGACGAAUAAUAAUCAUGGUACCAGUAAUUUACUACCAAGUGGUGAGGGUGAACCUAUUGAUGAACCACAUAAUGAAGAUGAUUCUGAUGGUUGUACUGAUAACAAAGAAAGUUAUCACAUACCUCACAGUUCUGAUAAUGAAGAUGAGACAGUGCAGUACCAAGUCGAAACUUAUUCACUCAACAACAAAAAUACCACAAUGAAAGUGAACUUAAAGUUUCCAAACGUGAUUAGUUUUAGGAGAGCUUUGAACCAUCAUGCACUAACAAAUGAGUUUGAGUACUAUAUUGAGAGAAGUGAACCAACACGGUUCACAACAAGGUGUAAACAAAAGGAGUGCAGAUGGCGAAUUCAUGCUUCCAUCAUGCCUGACAAAGUUAAAAGUUUGGUAGAACCACACUCUUGUACUCAGAGCAAUAUGGGCAGUAACAAGUGUGCCACUCAAGGAUGGAUUGCUGAGGUAAUCACUGACAAACUAAGAUCCGAUGGAGAUGUAUCCGUUGCAGAGCUUAGAAGUUGGCUUGUGAAAACUUACAAUGUUGAGCCUCCAUACAUGAGAGUAGCUAGAGGGAAAGAACAAGCUUACACAGACAUAUAUGGCAAGUGGGAGGACUCUUUUAUGCAGAUUGAUGAUUUCAAAAAUAAGCUACUAAAUAGGAACCCCGGAAGUGUUGUUGACAUUGAUUUCGACAUCAAAAGUGACCAGAAACAUUUCCUACGGUUUUUUAUUUCAUUAUUUGCUUGUUCAAAGGGAUUUCUUGCCGGUUGUCGUCCCUAUAUAUCUCUUGAUGCUUGUCACCUGAAAGGGAAAUUCAAUGGUGUACUAGCUGCUGCCACGAGUGUUGACGGUAAUAAUUCCAUAUUUCCGGUAGCCUAUGGUGUGCUUGAGUCAGAGAAUACAAAAUCAUGGACGUGGUUUCUUGAGUUACUAAAAAAAUCAAUUGGAGUGCCAGAUGGUCUUGUUAUCUCAUCGGACAUGCAAAAGGGAUUAGGCACAACAAUCAUGCAAGUUUAUCCUAACGUUGAGCACAGAGAAUGUAUCAGACACUUAUAUGCUAAUUUCAAGAAACACUUUCGUGGUGACUUCUUUGCCUCCAACUUGUGGGGUGCUGCAAGAACCUACUGUCCUAGUGAGCAUGAUAAACUACUUAAGGAAAUUUAUGAUGUACGUGAAGCUCCUAUAACAUAUCUGAAUCAGAACCACAAGAAGAUAUGGAGUCGAAGCAAGUUUGGCACGAUAUCCAAAUGUGAUUACAUUACUAAUAAUGUUUCCGAAGCAUUUAAUUCUUGGAUAGGUGACUUGCAUUAUCAACCAGUCCUUGAUCUCCUUGAUGCCAUUAGAGACAAGCUUAUGGUACGGUUAUAUAAGAAAAGGAAGAUUGCAGAAAAGUGGAAAGGCACAUUAGUUCCCAAGGCUAAAAUUUAUAUUAACAAUAUCUCUAAGAACUUGGGUGAAUAUGAGGUUCGUAGAAGUAGUGAUAAUCGAGCUGAAGUGAACUUCAAGGGAAGACGAUGGGAGGUCGUGUUAAAUGAGCGAAAGUGCACUUGUCGUGUUUGGCAAGUUAAAGGCCUUCCAUGUAUACAUGCAUCUGCUUUCAUUGGUAGCAUAAGGGAUACUAACUGGGAUAAAUAUGUUGAUCGAUGUUUUACAAUUGAGAAAUUCAAAGAAGCCUAUGCUCUAGAAAUUGCUCCCAUGCCGGGAAAAGAUCAAUGGGUGAACAAAGCAUUUGGAGAGAAGAUAUACCCACCAAUAAUCAAACGUCCACCUGGACGACCAAAAAAAAAGAGGAUUAUACCAACUAGUGAGCCUAAAAGAAGACAACAAUGUGCACGAUGUGGCCAAUAUGGCCAUCGUAAUAAGACAUGCAAAAAUCCGCCCCGCGAAGGAUAUGAUCCAUAUCAACCAUCCACAAGUAAAAGGAGACGUGGAAAGAAUACAACCGGUCAAGAAAGCAAUGGGGUAUAA